AAUUCUGCAUUUUUUUUUCUUUAUAUUCAGAAUCGAUCUUCUUUAACUAAUACUUUACGUGGUAUAACAAAUGAAGAAAAACUUAAUAAUCUUUGGGUUAAAAUGCAAAUUACUGUUAAUUCUAUAUUUGAUAGUUCAUUAGAUAAUCGAAGUGGUGCUCGAGUAGCCAAAGGUAUUCGACAAGUUAUUGAAAAAAAAGAAGGCUUACUUCGUAUGUAUAUGAUGGGUAAACGUGUAAAUUAUGCUGUUACACCAGAUAAUGUUCAUGAAUUACGUCAAUUAAUUCUUAAUGAACCAGAUGUUCAUCCUGGAGGAAAUUUUGUUGAACUUGAAGAUGAAACAAUUCGUCGUUUAUUACCAAAUAAUUUAUCUAAACGAACAGCUGUUGCUAAACUUUAA